CCUGUCCAUGUAAUCUCAUUCAUUAUGGUCUAAAAGACUAAACUGAUCCUAGAUCAGCGCUCCGUCUCUGAAAUGCUUUGUGUAUACAGACCCAGAUGUUUUACAGAGAAAAUAGUCAUGGAACGUUAGUGAGGACGGGAAAUCCUAGUGAUYAGCUCAUCAUUCAACUCAGAAAGACAACUUGACUCCCAUUAUGAAACGAAUGACAACGACUGAAUGCCCAUGUCCCAUGAGACUAGGCUUUUGUGAAAAGACAGUGGUCUGUUACACUGUUCAGUCACAUGCAUAUCAUGGAAAUGCAGAGUAUUGGACACCACGUCACAAUGGAGUCUCUCUAUCUCAGUGCUAUCAAAGACUUUCUUUUGUGCUCAUGUGCCAAGCCAACAAAAGAUCCUGUCUUCUUCACGUGAUGAAAAUGUCGAACAUGCCAUGAGAUGUUUUCUAUUUAUGGAUGCAAUUAGGCUUCUUCAUAACACGAAAUGUGCCCACUUGGCUUCCCACCGUUUGCAGCAUGACAUACAAGGAUGUAGGUGUAAGUGUGUAUAUUGCUGCAGGACACUUACUGUAUUAAUUUUGUGUGUGCGUGUGUGUUACUCCUGUGUGUGUUUGUGUGUGUAUGUCUGCGUGUGAGCACAUGCAUGCUUGGGUCGAUGCCUGCCUGUGUGUGUCCACAGGAGAACGUGUCCCUGGCGGAUAUCCUGUCGUUGCGGGACAUCUGUCUGACGGAGCAGGAGGUGUGGGCGGUGUGUGUGGAGUGUAUCCUGGCCUUGCAGAGUAUCGCCCCGUCGCCCCUCUUCCACACCCUGUGCAUCACGCCCGACACCCUGGCCUUCAACGCCCAUGGCAACGUGUGCUUCAUGGAGCAGCUCAGUGAUGACCCUGAGGGCUCGUUUAUACCUCCAGAGUUUGACAAGACUGGCAGUACCUUUGAGGGACAUGUGUACUCUCUGGGCUCCACCCUCUCUGCCGCGUUGGACUUUGUCAUUGAGCCAGAGCUGGAGGCAGAGCUGGGGGAGGAGAUUCAGAGACUGCUGGAGCAGAUGCAGGAGGAGGGGCCAGAGGACAGGCCACUCCCCCAGAACCUCCUCUCCCUUGCAGAGGAAAAGCUAGUAGAUGCCUCUUCCACAGCCCUGUGCCGGAAACUCUCUUCUAUAGGCCGAAGAGUUCUGUCAAUCGAAUCCGUCGCAACAUUUCAAGAUGGGUGGGAUGGCUCUUGGGAGGCUCGAUGGCAGCAGCCCAAACCCAACUGGCAGCUCCACAAGAGCAUCAACUCUGAGGACAGUAGCUCCAAAAACCAGGGCAUUGUCUCACAUACCACGGCAGAGAACCCGGACUUAAACGACUCCAACAGCCUGCAUUGGCAUCACGUAUGUGGAGCCUGGGACUCCACCCUUUGGGCUGACGGUAUGGGGGAUGUGGAAGAGGAUGGAUGCGUCAGAGAGGAGGACAUGUUUGGUUCUCAGUUGGAUAGCAGAUCUCAGAAUAGUUCUCCUGUACACAGGAGGGCUCAGGAGAGGGCUGGGAGGGUGAGGGGGGUUCUGAAUCGUUCCUGCUCCGUCCCAGACUCCAAUAAUCCCCCCGCAUUCCCACCCGCGCCCCAUGGGGAUAUCAGUGUCAAUGUAUCGGACCUCACGGAGAUAGGAGCUGAGGAAUGCACGGGGCACGGGUCUGUUUGGAGCAAGAGAGGGGACAGAGAGAAGGCCCCUUAUGAGUGCAAUGACUCCGAGCAAUGGGACUCAGCGAGAGACAGUGAGACAUUAGAAGGGGAAAGAGAUUCUACCCUGCCCAUAUGUGGUGGUGAAACGGAUUCAGACAGUCAAAGUGGAACACGAGAUGAAACCUCUUCGUCCCGCCCAGCUCAAGACCCGGACGUGUUGGUCGACUCUGCUUGCAACAUGACUUCAACCUCCAACCUUUACACUCCCAAUAAUCACAUGACUAAAAGCAUGCUGUGCCUCAAUGAAGAAUCUCAGGAUGAGUGGAUCUCUCUGAGGGAUCUACUCACACGGAGUGGGCAGAGACUGUCUGUGAAUGAGCUAUGGGCCCUGUGUCAUACCUGCCUCUCCACACUGCAGACCUACUUAGACUACCCAGCAUACCUAUGCCUGGAUACAAUGUAUGUGGGUUGUGAGGGAGAAGUUCUCUUCUUGAAACCUAAAAACACAGGAUCCUGCGAUGCGUUUUAUCUGGCUCCUGAAUUCCAGGAUCAUGGAAUCGUAACUGAAAAGGCCUGUGUUUAUGGGGUGGCUGCCAUCCUAUGGGCCACGGCCAAGUUCAACCUGUCAGCCAAUCAGAAGCUGGCUAUGCCCAGGAAGUUGAAGAUGCUGCUGCUGGAGAUGGCCAAGAGGACGCCCAUCGAGAGACCUUCCAUUGUCGUAGCUAAAAAGAGCUGUUGGGAUUAUCUAUCACGCCAAGGAACGAACGCUGAGACAGUGUGGACGAAGCUGAUCAACAGAGUCCACCCGCCACUCACAAAGGACAUUGAAGCAGAAGAUCAGAAUGGAUUGGACAGUAGAGUAAGCUCAAGUCAGGAAUCAACACGUAUCAAGAGUGGGUUUGUGCCCAUGGCCACUGAGAGCCGAUUGGCUCCUGUACCUGGCCCUGUUCCCCAUAGCUAUCCAAUUAGUGGAGCCCCCCAGCUUCCAGAGGCCUUCACUUCCCUUGCCACACACUUCACCCCCAUCGUCCUGACCAGGGAGGGGGACACUGCGGAAACUCCCCUUCCUGCUUCAGACAUUCAGGAGGUUAUAAUUGAAGUCACAAGAAGCAAUGACAUCCGGCCUGUGCAAGAGGCCAAGGACCGAGAAACCCCCUCACACCUUGAGGACCUACCCCAGUCAGAUAGAGACCUACAGGACAACGGACAGGACAGCCCUGCCAAUCAAAGGAGCGUGGUCAUACAUAACCUUUCCUCCACUGCCUCUAGCGCCAGGACAUUGGUCAACUCUCCACCUCCCACCUCCCCCGAACUCAGCAACCAGAGGACUCCCGUUUCAGACCACCCACUCCCUCCUUCGACCACCCAAUUGACUUCGUCUUCCUCUUGCCAAUCGUCAUCCUGCUCUCAUCUGACUGGUGGUGGUGUUUUCAACAACUUCCUCUUGCGUCAGGACCCUUUAACAGGGCACUUAACCCUGGUGCCAGUGCAGAUAACAGUCCCUGAGUCCCUCCAUGGUCUGGAGCUCAAUCUUCCCCUGACCUCAAGCUCCAGCUACCUCCAGGGUCAUCCCACACAUCCACGGGGCCCUAGCGACCAUCUGACCCCUGGCCAGGGAGCUGAACCUCUUUUGGAAUGCCUUAAUGGCAGACCCUCGGACCCCACAGCGUCCAUGCCCCAUCCACACAAUGGAGAAGGAGGUCCAAGGACAGGAGAAGGUGAGGGUGAACACCUAUCAGAGUCCCAUGGACCUCCUCAGGGAGACUCACUUCCUCCCCCCUCCCCCCUGAUGAACACUUCCCUACAAGAGGUUAUUGGCCUGCUCAGGGCAGAGUUUGCCCUUGAUGGCUAUCUGGAGAAUGGUGUAGAGGAUCUAGCAAUGGGGGAGUAUUUCCUGUCUCUGAAGGACCUACAGUACCAGACAUUCUGCAAUGUUGUGAAAGAGAAGUUCUGUGACCUUUACUGGAAUGAGGACUUAUUGGGAGUGCUACAUUGUGUGGUCAACUACAGCCAAUUAUCUCUAGGCUCUAAUGAACAGUCUCCAUCAAAGCCAUGGCAAAGAGCAGCCACCUCACCUCUGAGUGCUGCCAGCUGUAGAGCGGAGGAGACGGAGGCACUGCGGCGUGGUCAUGUCGACCUGAACGGCAACCUGCACCACAGUGGACCUGUAGCUUCAGGUGCGUGGGAGAGAUUUGAGAGACACCAGAGGGCCCUGUCUGCACACGGAGAAGAUACUGAAUCAGAGGAGGGUCAACAUCAUGGCUGCCCAGGAUUGAGAGCUGCUGAGUGUUUGGUUAAGGGGGCUAUGGAGAGUGCCGAGCAUCCAGUGGGGGGCGGCGAUGAAAGCCCCUCUGAAGCUGACUCUCUAUGGGGGACGGACGAGCCACUGAGGGUGGGCCACCGAGGCCAGAUGAGCCCUGACUGCUGCGAGGACAUGGAGGACACAGAAUCUCUGGUGUCUCAUUGUCUCCUCUCCCCCAGCUCAGGAGCAGAGGAGUCCAGCCACAGCCUCAGCCCAGCCUGGGCCCUGGCCUUCUAUGGAGGGGACUGUUUUAGUCAGGAUGUGGUGGAAUAUGCUAGGAACUUGGGACAGCAUAGUGAGUCCCCGUGCCUGGAGCUGAAAACACAGGAGCUUCAACAGCAGCUUAUGAUCGAGACGAAGAGUCUGAAAAAGACCAGACAUUUCUACCAAAAGCUGCUCCAUCAAGAGAGAAAAAACAAACGUUCGGAUGCUAGGUUGAUGCUGUCCAAACUCAAAGUCCAGCUUGAGGAGUUGAGGUCCAAAGUGGAGUUUCUAGACUCUAUAAAGAAAUAUCUGGAGGUUCUGAGUGUGGAUCAAUGGGGUGUGGAUGUGUCCCUCCUUCCCUCCCUGGCAGCCUCUGAUCCAGGGAGCCCUCUGGAUCUCCAGCCCUCAGAGGAUCCUGCCGUGUUAGGAUUGGUGUCUUUGUCUGGGGCAGGGACAGGGAAGAGCAGCCUACAGGCCGCCACACCCCUGGAUUUCAUGUCCUACCUCUAUGCCAGAAAUGCUCCAUUGGAAGGUUACAUCCAACAGUUCCUGUACACGUACCGCUAUUUCUGUACCCCUCAAGAACUCCUUCAGUUCCUGAUGGACAAAUUCACCAGUGCAGCAGCAGGAGGUGGUCCAGAUGGGUCAGGGGACAGUGCUAAGGUGUACCACCGGAGUCUGGACGUGCUGCAAACCUGGCUGACUGACUACAUAAUGGUGGACUUCAGGCCCAAGUCCAGCCUGCUGAUGACCCUGGAAAACUUCCUCACCACUGAAGUGUCUCCYGUAGACAGUAGAGGAGAGAGGCUUUUGACUGCUCUUCAGAGGUCUCCCAGGAAGAGGUGGAGCCAAGGCUGUGGGAGCCCAAUCAGCAUGCAGGAGGAUGAUGGCGCACUGUCUGCCCAUAGCURAUGCAGAAAAUCAGCUAUUGAGUACCCUGGAAGGAAGAGCUUCCAGUGGAGGAUAUCCAGGGUGGUUGAGCCCCAGUCGACCCAGCCUAAAGACAAGGCCUACUCCAUAGCAGCAGCCCUGCCCCGGCCCUACUACACCUCCCUAAUGGAUGACAUCUCCAGUGCCUGCCUCAGAAGCGAGGAGAGACACCCCUUUAGUCAGAGUGAACACAGUGCCCACCACGCGGCACAGCAACUCACUCUACUGCAGCAGGAAAUGUUUCAAGGCUGUCACCCAAUUCAUUUCCUCAACUCUAAAUCUCAAGGAGUCAGGGACAAAGCUGUUAGUGUCACCAAACAUGCGUCACACUCUGUUCCUCCAGUAGAGGGCAGCAGUCUAUUUGMUAAUGAAGGGACUCCACAUGACAGCCACKUCCAACAGCUACUGAGAUAUGCCGACAGCGUCUCCAAUUGGGUCUCUGCAGAAAUCGUCAUCUGUGAUUCGUUAAAGAUCCAAGCGGCUUUGCUCACCAAGUUUCUCCUAAUUGCCAAACACUGCUAUGAGUCAAGAGACUUUGCCACGGCAAUGCAGGUCCUUGGAGGCCUGGAGAAUGUGAUUGUCAGGCAAUUACCGGCUUGGAAACAUCUGUCUACCAAGGUGUGUGAGGUCCUUGAGGAUCUGCGAGCCGUGCAGGUCUUUCUGAAGAGUGAUAACCUGUGUCUGAUGGGAGGAGAGCAUGUGGGGAGGAGACCCACCCUCCCUGCUGUCCACAUCCUGGCCAUGCACAUCCAACAGCUGGAGAUAGGAGCCUUCACUCUGACCAGUGGCGCCUACAAGUGGCCAAAACUCAGGACCAUAGCCAAGGUGGUGAGUCAAGUGCAUGCAUUCCAGGAGACGGUGUACUCCUUCACGCCUGACCCGGGGCUGCAGGCCUACAUAAGACUAAGAAUAGCCCACCUCGGCGGCUGUGACAUCCCCCUGCUGGCUGCAGACAACGAGGCCAACUUCUACCACAACCCCGCUGACCGACACACCCGCAGGAUCCAGGACACACUGAAGAGGGUGAAGGCCACCUUCCAGUGACCCACAUCCUUGCUGAUCUAGGAUCAAUUUGGUCUAUUAAGUGAUAAUGAAUAUGAUUAUAUGGACAGAGAGGACCUAUUCCUAGCCCUGGUCAGACAACUACUCAACAGACUCCAUCCCCUCCACACCCCACUGGGUUCCAUUAGUAGCAGGGACUGGGUGGGUGUCUGGGAAAACUGUUCAUUUUUCUCUCUUUAUUGGUAAUAACUUUUUUUGUAAGAAUCCAGCUCAACCUCCCACAUUGCACCCCAUAGCCUGACAACCCACCGCGCACAUCCAACUCAUUGAUUCUCUCCAAAGCGGGUUACAAUGUCAGGUGAAACGUUGAAUGUUUUUUUUUUUGAUAUUGGGAUGAGGAGAGUAGAAAACAGUAUAUGACUUUUAAAAAUCCUUCUGGUGGAGGCAAAAUGCGUUUCUUUUACACGAAUUGUGAUUGCUAGUUUCCCGAGACAACAUAAUGAUGAUAAUGUGCAACAAUGUUUCAUAAUGAGUUGACGUAAUGUCUUUAAUUCACUGAGUGUACUCAUGUAUUAUAGCUAAAUUAGAUAUUUUGAUACAACCACAGAUAGCUAAUGACAUUUUCAUCCCUCCGGAGCACAAUUUCAAAUACAUUGCCAAUGGCUAUUUGACAUGAUAAUUACAGCAUUUCAAGAUACAAAAAAAAUAUCAAAAUCAUGAUGUAUUAUGCUAUUACGACUAAAUMAUUUCAAAUACCUGAAUAAUUGCUAUAGUUCCAUACACUAACUGUUUUUAAAACAAACGUUAAUGUUGCAAUGUAACUACGGUGUAUAUAGGCAACAAAUUGUUGCAUAGUCAUACUUGCAAAAGUGAAAUUAGAUUAUUUUCUAAACAUGUGAUUUGCAAACUAAUUGAAACAACUACAAUAAAUAUUUUAACAGAUUGAGGUUGAUUAAUGCUAAAACAUCAUGAAAUCGUCUUUUUUUCCCCCAGUCAGAAAAUAUAUGAACAUACCAUGCAUGUGUCAAAACAAAAAAUACAAAUUUGCAUAAUAAUACUACCAUAUUUAGCACAUUGACAUCUUAUUAAGUUAAUUAUCGUUUAAAUUAUGUAUUUAAUAUGAGAAUUAAGUGCUGUAGUUACAAUUAUUGUAUGCCUCCUGGCACUAUUUCAAGCGUCUAAAAACGCAAAGUAAGCUACCUUGUAAUCUUUCAUGUUUCAGAGUCUGAUGUAAAUGUGCUAAAUAUGUUAGUUUAUGCCAAAUGCCCAUUUUUCGUGUUUUCCCACAUAUGUUCAUAUAUUUUCUGACUGAAAGAAAAGUUCAUGAUUUCUAUAUAAUUCAUCAACCAGGGGACGAGAAUGUAGCCCACCGUGCUUAAUAAAAUGAGAAGCAAACUCAAUGUAUGAAAAUAUGUAUUGUAUCCUACUUAUGUUUUUGUAUGGAUUUAUAGCAAUACAACAAACAAACAAAAACUACCUGAUCACCGAGGAUCGGAGAGCAUGCGACAGUGGCAGACUCAUUGUGUGCGUGUGUCGGGGGUGUUAUAGUUGUGCGUCCAAUUUGUCUCCGYCUACUAAGGACGUUGCCACAGAGGCGAGGAAAUAUGCUCUGUAUGGAAGCGACUUCCCCCGGCGGCGUCCGGUGAGGAACGGACAGCUUCCAUUGUUAUCUGACGMGAUCAGGGCACCUCUUCAAAGCACACGAGAUAAAGGGUCGUAAUUGGGAGGCUGAGAAGCAAUAGUCAGAUCAUCGAUAAAGGAGACAUUCAAUAUAUCCUUAUCUGCAUUGUCAUAGCUAAGCGAUCAUUUUAGGGUUAUUGUCCCGUAGCUGCUGGGGGUAUUCCAUCUGAAGAGACUGAAACACGUGAAGGGCUUCGCCAUACAGAGAGAAGGGACACCUGGCGACAUUGGCCUGGUUGGAUCAUUUUGGGUUGACCAAAUUUCUUCAACUUCCCAUUUCUAGARGUUUUUGGACAUUCUUUCUGGAUAACAUCUGUCUGGAAUGCAAUUUUGGAUAGGCCUAUUUGGGGAUACUUUACGCAGUUGUAAGCUAUGCAAAACCACAUGUGCUGUAGCCAUUGUAGGCGUUUUUCAGACUUCUUUACAGCUUGCUCUCCACUAUUUACAUUACAAUCAAACCUGAUUGUGUUGCUACUGUAAUACCUUUGAUCUGUAWUGUUUAAACCGACUGCGCCAAAUGCUGUCUAUUGGGCCAGUGGCGCCAGUGCUCACCGGGGUAUCGAAGAGGUGUUAAUGCUAAACCAUUAGAGCAGUAUUUUACUUGCCUUUGCUUUACAUUUGAUUUUAGUGUCGUGGAAAGGGGCUGAUAUUUAGAAAGGAAUGAUGUAAAUGAUCGGACUGCAGGCUGAACAAUGUUGGUGGUUAUAUUGCAUAUUGUGUAAAAUCAUUUAAAUAAUGUAUUUCAAAGUGGUCAACUAUAAAGGAUUAUAAAAUAGCAUUCCAUUCCCAUAAAAUCCUAGAGGCCACAGUGAUUGCCUGAAAUGUAUGCGUACGAUCCUGGACCGGCAGAAAACGUUUCAAUCAGGUGUGGGCAGAGCUCCACCACUUUUGGUUUAGUUUAAUGAAAGAUAUUGACGCAAAAGCGUUAAAGGGAGGGGCAAAGGGCUGUUUUUAGACCGAUUAGCCUCAUGAUUUGUCAACUCGUGCACAAAUUCUCUGUCAAUCAUUUUUUAUUUAAAAAGGUCUAGGUAGCCUAGUCAGCCCAAAUUGAAUCAAUAAUCACAAUAGACUUGGAGUUAUUAGGCCUACACUUGCGUAGGGCAGGCCUACAUGAUGCAAACAUGUACAAAGCAGUUAUAUUGUCCAAUCAUGUUGCUGUCACUGUUUCUGUGUAGGCUAAAGGAAACACCCCUGUUAGUCUAGCUUUAAAAUAGAAUGAAUAUGAACAAGUACAAGGUUGCUGCAGUUUGACAGGGGUUUCAUCCUCCCCAAGGCCAGGAGUCUGCCAAUACUUUUUUUUUUUUAACCAUGUGACUUGAUUAGAAAAACUCUGGUCCCAUCAUAGCCCAUAUAAAACCUUUUUUACAACUGKUUAAUCACGUAAUACUGUAGAAGGUCUGGAGUUUUACCUGUUUAGGUUACCAGAUCAGGAUAAACUACUGGCCCCAGGAACAAAGAUCACCCCAGCACUCUGGAACCUGUGGUGCCACCUCUGGUGUCACGUCUCACUAACUUGUGUUGCAGCAUGGUGUUACAGGUUAGGUCCUAUUGAGGUUUCCUUUUUAUUAGGUCCUAGGCCUAUGGCAAAUCCUGUUAUCUUGAUUAGAUAGUGUUUUUAAUUGGUCUGCUGUUUUCAGUGRGAACUACUCGUUCUGGAAUACAACUUAAACCUCAAGUUCUUAGUUUUAUUAAAUACACACACUGUAGGCGUUUGUGUCAACAUAUAAUAUCCUUUGAACUAUGAUGCAGAGGAGGACUCUCCGCCUCUGUGUGUGAUGUUUCGCUAUACUUUCAGCCAAGGCAGACAAAUGCAUGAGCUCAACUGGUUCUCACAGACGUGGUGGCGCCAGGCUUUCACACAAUCACAGGAUGUGUAAAGGCUUCAACAACGAGGCAUUAGGCCUCAAUCACUGGGAAUCGAUCAGGCGUUAACACGCCUUUGCAGAUGCAAAUUCUUAAGUUGGUCGGGACUUUAUAUGGAGGGC